AUGGCAGCUCAAGCUUUGAUACCUGAGGAUGAGCUCCGUUGUUCUGUAUGUUCAGAUAUUUUUAAAGAGCCUGUUGUCCUAAAAUGUAGCCAUAGCUUCUGCAGAGUGUGUCUCCAGCGGUACUGGAAAGAGAAGGGCUCUCAAAACUGUCCCAUCUGCAGGAGAAAGACUUUCUCUGUGGAGGAACCUCCUGUAAACCUGGUCUUAAGAAGCAUUGUGGAAUCCUACUUAAAGCAGAAGACUGACAAAGAAACUGCACACAAGAGUGAGGCUCGCUGUAGUCUUCAUGGGGAGAAACUUCUAUUAUUCUGCAAACAUGACAAAGAAACUCUCUGUCUCGUCUGCCACACUUCAAAAAAACACACAAACCACCCAGUCUGUCCAGUGGAAGAGGCUGUACUGGAUCUUAAGGAGGAACUCAAGCCUGCACUUAAUCUCAUUAAAGAAAAACUGAAGAUCUUUACUAAGAAUGAACGAGAGUGUAAGAAAACCGCAGAACACAUGAGGAGUCAAACCCAGCACACAGAGAGGCAGAUAAAGGCAGACUUUAAAAGGCUGCACCAGUUCCUACGAGAGGAAGAGGAGGCCAGACUAGCUGUACUGAAGGAGGAAGGGGAGGUGAAGAGUCGGGUCAUGGAGGAGAAAUUGGCAGACAUCACAAGACACAUCUCCACCCUUACAGACAAAAUCACCACAAUACAGAAGGCCAUGGACACUGAAGACACCUCCUUUCUAAAGGUAGGAGCUUCAUUUACUGACAGUGUUCUGGGUUUAUCAUGUUCCAGUCAUAUUGAGAUGCUCACUGUGAAACAGAGUAUCAGUGGCCAGUUUCAAUAACGGGUCAGU